UUCGUUGUGAAGGAUUAUUAUGACUAAAACGAAACAUGCAACCGAAUCUAUCUGGUUCGAGGUAUGCGUCUUCACCUAAUGCCAUAAUAUGGUUUUAAAAUAAUGUCGUAACAAAACGUGAAUAAAUUAAUCGGUUUCAGUGAGAUCAAGCGGUGAUCAUAGUGAUAUUUUUCUAUAAAUGAAUUUGCACGUAUUGCUACUAACUAAUAAAAAUAAAACGUACAGCUGCGCAGUUCAAACAAAUAUUUUGUGAACUUCAAAGACUUUGGUAUUUCUUUUCGUUGUACUCGGUUGUGCAGUUUGAAAACAAGAAAAUUAACUUGAGUCUAAACUAACUUUUUCCCGUAGUGAAAGUAAACUGAGUGAAACAAAUUCAUUUUAAAAUACUAAUGUGCAAGUUAAUUGUGAUUUCGAAACCACAUGAAGAGACCAGACAAACUGUGUGUGUGUACAAACACAGUUUUUAAAUUAUAUAACAAAGAAAAUUCCUGUUUUCGCGUUUAAGCUGGGAAAAUUGUUGUUAUGAAAAUUCAUUCAUUUUAGCUGUAAAAUGAUGCACAACGAUAUAUUGAGCGGAAAACAUUCGUCAGAUAUUGAAAAUGUUGACUGGAGUCUCGGGACAGCCCAUUUAUCAAACGUAGCACGAUUUGGUUCGAGUAGUAGCCAAGCUUCCCAGAGUAGCGGUGACAUAUGCCGGAUAUGCCAUUGUGAAAGUGAUCCGUUCAAUCCAUUACUAACACCGUGCUAUUGCUCAGGUAGUUUAAAAUAUGUCCAUCAUACAUGUCUACAACAAUGGCUGACUGCAUCCGAAACGAACUCUUGCGAAUUGUGCAAAUUUCCAUUUGUUAUGCACACAAAAAUUAAGCCGUUCAAUGAGUGGCGUUCUUUGGAUAUGUCGGGCGUUGAGCGAAGACGAUUGUUUUGCGCUGUUUUGUUCCAUUGUGCGGCUGCAUUAUGUGUGAUUUGGUCGCUUUGUGUACUUAUUGAACGCGCAGCUGAAGAAGUAAAGCGGGGCCUAAUUGGUUGGCCGUUUUGGACAAAAUUAGUCGUAGUCACUGUGGGUUUGACUGGAGGAGUUGUGUUUAUGUAUAUUCAAUGCCGUCAAUAUCUACAACUAUGUCAUCGGUGGAGAGCUCGAAAUCGAAUUCUUUUGAUUCAAAAUGCACCGGAAAAAAUGCAUCCGAUAUCUCCACCAUCACCUGUGAUAGUUUUGAGAAAUUAUUUACCGAGAAGUGGAAAUUCGUCGACAACCAUGGGCACAGCCGGAAGUAACAAUAAUCGUGCAUCACACGGCCAAAUUGUGGCCAACAUCGAAAAUAACUCUCUUCAUUAUGAUCGUGACUGGACGUUGGACGACUCCAGUCAAUCAUCGUUCAAGCCUUGUCCACAAGGAUCCGGUAGCAUGACACCACUUCAAUUCCAUGACUCAGCGCAUAACAUGUCAGAAAAUGUUCGACAUUCGGGAGAAUUUGACAGUCCAGUAGCGAGCUGUUCAGGCGAUCAUCAUGACACAAAUCAGAUGCCAAAUCCAACAAAAACUAGUGAUCUUAAUUUGUUCAAAGUCAGUCCACGCACAGUCGGCCAGCAUCCGCCUUCCUCAGCAAUAUUUUUGGAGAAUAACGACAUUCUCAAUGACACCGACUAUCCACGACUGUACCAACGACAUUCAACCGUAUUUACAUCACCAGAAAGAGCCAAGGAUACUCGCAGGUAUUCGGACACUAAACUUUUGCAACAGCACAGCAAUGCGAUCGUUCCAAUUUUUAAUGUGACAAGUGUGUUGGGCUCUACUGUAUCGAAUUCAUCGAUUCAAAAUUCUAAACAACCGGCACCCGGUAUUAAUGUAACGGAUAUAAUAUUCGAGAAUAGUGGGAGCACCUAUGAUCCAUUGGAAUUAAACAUUCAAGAAAUGCUUGAAUUGGACAUACGACAGCAUCAAUUAACUGCCACAAAUGCGGCACGAUUAUCACUGAAUAAUGUGUCCAAUCAAUUGACUACUGAUAAUAGGAACUUUUUCAAAUCUUUGCCAAAUUUAAGUGCAAGUAGUGAGAAUUUACUGCAAUAGGGGGUUUCAAAUCAAUUUAAUCAAACAGUUACAAAUAUUUUUGAAAAAACGUUUGGAGCUUUGAUCCAGAGCUCAAGUAUUGCUUUUUCGGUGGAUAUAAACUUUUACAUCACUCGUUUCAUUUUUAAGGAUUAUUGUAUAGUUUAAGUGGAUUGGCCUAAUAAUACAGUUUUGCGUUCAAAUCAAUCGGUGAUCCAAAUUGUUUAACGAACGGAAUGAUCGUAGUGUUAAGAUUUUGUUCGAAAGAUAUUUGAACAACAAGAAAUGCUCUACAAUUGGAAUCCUGCGUUGUUCCGUUAUAUUAAACGCGGUACUUAAAAAGCACGUGUGAUUGAGUAACGAACCAAAAUAAAUUGUUUAUUGUCACAUUUACCUUUCUAAUCUACUCCAGCAGCAUUUAUGUUUUUCUGUAUCUACCACUUGUGCUGAACUGAUGUUCUAAAAUACGAAUUGACAACUUCAAAAUGUGCUACUUGAUUCCCGGAUCCAGAAACCAAUGUCCUCGAAACAAUAAAAAAAAUUCCUUCGACGAAAAUAUUUCCUACCUCAAAUUUUGCUGUCAAUGUCGAUGUGACAAAUUUUUAUAUUUUCUUUCAAUUCAUUUGCAUUUUCCAUACAAGUAACAAUAGACAUUUAUUUAUCAACCUUAUUUAAACGGCCAGAGUAUCACCAUAUAACGAUUCAAUCUAGUACUUUAUUUGUUCCGAGUAUCACUGAGUGCUGAGUUAAUCUCUCAUUUUUGUCACCGUUGUCGAUAACAGGUAACUAGCCGUUUGUGUUAGGCUAAGAAACAUUUGGAUUUCAACCGAAACUGAUGCACUGAAGGAUGAUGAGUUAAUCAAUGACUUUUUUUCGUUAUCUAACUUUCGUGUGUUUUAUCAUUAUAUUAUACACAUCCUAAAAAAUUGAUAAAUUUGUAUGUAAAUUUAGUUUAAGACUUUGCUGCACUGCCGGUCGUUACAUUGUAUCUGACAUAUAUUUGAAGUUAAAACAACUAGCUCCCUAGCUGCAAAAGUUUUACCUAGGAAGCUAAACGCUAGGACUCAUAACAGUGCCUAUUUUCGAAGAUUAAAUGUUUUGAAAUUCUUUUACUUGAUUCUUCAUUUUGACAAUUUUGACAUUUGAGAAGUUUCAAAAAUUUCAAUUCUCCAAAAUGGGCUCUGAUUUAGGUCCCGACUGAUUGGAAUAAAAUGGAAGAAGUUAACUGAAUAAGAGAGUCCAUAACGACCGUCAAUGCAAUAAAAUAUUCUAUAAAAUUCCUGGUUAAAUCACUCGUAUUAUACUUGUGUCCGUACGCGAGCUUCGCAAGCUUCACCUUGUUUUACGUAUAAGCUCUCUGUUAUAGGUGAUUUAGCCGGAAAUGUUAUAGAAUACGAAUCAAUUCUAUACCAGCUCACUUAUUAGAAGCGACAAGACUAAUAAUAUAUUAAUGUUUAUAGAAAGAGAGAGAGAGAGAGAGAUUCUUUUUUCGUCGAG